CUCAUCGACGCCUCCAGCCUCUGCAGAUCCCAAAUCCAGACCCAAACCCAAGAUCCAUCCAGCCACUCACUCACUCAGUCUCGCCACGACUUUCUUGCGCUUGUCAAUCUCGAUUCUGCGACAACGAGUAAUAUCUCACAUCUCCCUUCCCGUCUCGCGCAUUACCAGCAUUGACAUCCUGUUUCUUCGAACUCGCUUUUCGUCAGUUCUGAGCGUGUGUGUGCAUCUGCUCCAUCGAUUUCAGCUGCGCUUCCCCGAAUCUGCGACGUUCUUCCAACUUGUCCUUCUCCCGCUAAAUUGACGACGACCUCCUUCGCGCCAUCAUCAUAGACCAGUUGUUGCAGUUGUUGAAUUGUCACAUCCCCAUGAAGACCAUCUACACACCCAGCUCGUCUGUCACACGAUGAGCGACUUAGAUAAAGCCAUUGCGCAAUUGCGUGCGUGUCGGCCGAUUCCUGAACCCCAAGUUCGCGAACUAUGCUACAAGGCGCGGGAACUACUGAUAGAGGAGGGCAACGUGGUGACGGUGGAUGCCCCCGUGACCAUCUGCGGUGAUAUCCACGGUCAGUUCCACGACUUGAUGGAACUCUUCCGAGUUGGUGGCGAUGUACCCGACACCAAUUAUCUGUUUAUGGGAGACUUUGUCGAUCGGGGUUUCUACUCUCUCGAAUCAUUUCUCCUCCUGUUGUGUCUCAAAGUCCGCUAUCCCGAUCGCAUCACGUUAAUACGAGGGAAUCACGAAUCUCGACAAAUCACCACCGUCUAUGGCUUUUACGAUGAAUGUAUCCGAAAGUACGGCAGCGCCAACGUAUGGCGAUACUGCUGCGAAGUUUUUGACUAUCUCGCUUUGGGCGCCCUCAUCCUCGGCGCAACCACUGACGUGCCCCAAUCCUCUCCCAAUUCAAACACAUCCUUCCUCCAACAACAAGACACACAAACGACUCUCGCGCCGGACGACGACGGCGAAGUCGAAUCCGAAGUCCUCAACGCCAACGGCGACGUCAUUUCCAAAAGCCUCCGUCGCCAAUUCACCCACAUGAACCUCAACGCUCAAUCAUCCAUGAACGCAUCACGCAUAUCCCCUGCCCCAGAUAUCGACAUCCCUUCCCCUCUCGACACCCAACUCUCAUCCUCUCAAAUGUCACCCCCCACAGGCUCACUCUUCACUCCACCCACCUCCACCACCGGCGCCGUGCUAUGCGUGCACGGCGGUCUAUCACCACUCAUCGAAACCGUCGACAAAAUCCGACUCAUCGACCGAAAACAAGAAGUCCCUCACGAAGGUGCCAUGUGCGACCUUCUGUGGUCCGACCCCGACGAAAUCGAAGGCUGGGGCCUCUCACCCCGCGGCGCGGGUUUCCUCUUCGGAGCCGAUAUCGUUCGCCACUUCAACCACAACAACGACCUUAGUUUGAUCGCACGCGCCCAUCAACUCGUCAUGGAAGGUUAUAAGGAAAUGUUCGACAAGACGAUCGUUACGGUGUGGAGUGCGCCGAACUACUGCUACCGAUGUGGCAACGUGGCCGCUAUCCUUGAACUCGGUGAAGAUGGCAGUAACGGUGGUUGUGUCACGAGAGCAAAUGGAGAUCAAGGUCGACGUGAACCUGUUGGAGGGGAUGGCAAUGGCGGUGGUGCCGGUGUACUUUGGAACCUGGCUACUCCGGGUCGCAGGUAUCGUGUCUUUGAGGCCGCGCCCCAAGGGACGAGGGGUAUGCCCGCGAAGAAACCGGUUGGCGAGUAUUUCUUGUAACAUUAGAUUAAACACAAGGUUGGUAGGUCUUGUGCGAAAUGCAUGUGCUGUGCUAUGCUAUGCUAUGCUAUGCUAUGCUAUGAUGUGUUUUGUUGGGACGGGAUGGAAUAAAAUCGUGUGAUAUGAUGAGAUCGGAUGACUUUGUCUUAAGACGUGUUGCGUUGAUUUCAAGCUAUUAAAAGGCAUCAUAGGUUCCAAGUUCUUCUUUCUCACGGUGAAAACGACACAAGACAAUGUAAACGUUUGGG